UACAAAACUGUUGAGAUGAUCUUCAUUGCCCUGGUCACUGGUUCCCUCAGUUUUGUGACAGUGGUGGGCAACAUCCUGGUAAUGCUAUCCAUCAAGGUCAACAGACAUCUUCAAACAGUCAACAAUUACUUCCUGUUUAGCCUGGCAUGUGCAGAUCUCAUCAUUGGAGCCUUUUCCAUGAACCUGUACACAGUUUACAUCAUCAAAGGUUACUGGCCCCUGGGCCCCGUCAUCUGUGACCUCUGGCUGGCCUUGGACUAUGUCGUUAGCAACGCCUCUGUGAUGAACCUGCUGAUCAUAAGCUUUGACCGUUAUUUCUGUGUGACAAAACCACUGACCUACCCAACAAGAAGGACCACCAAGAUGGCGGGGCUGAUGAUUGCAGCUGCUUGGAUACUCUCCUUCAUACUGUGGGCUCCGGCCAUCUUGUUCUGGCAGUUCAUUGUGGGCGAACGCACGGUUCAGCCUGGAGAGUGUUACAUCCAGUUCCUCUCCAACCCUGUGGUCACAUUUGGCACUGCCAUUGCUGCUUUCUACUUGCCAGUGAUCAUCAUGACUGUGCUCUAUAUCCACAUCUCUCUAGCGAGUCGGAGCCGAGUGUCCAAACAGAAACCAGAGUCCAAAGUAGAAAAGAAGGGUCUCAAGACUGGUGGACUCCUGAAAAGUCACAUUCUUAAACAGAAUAACAACAAUCAGUUGCCUAAACCCAGCGUGGAUACCUGCAGCACUAGUGACACCUUGAAGAAUGGCAAGCUUGAUGAGUCUGUUGUUUCAACCAAGGCUGAAUCCAGCGUUCAGCCAGAGGAAAAGGAAAGCUCCAAUGACUCCAGCACUGCCAGUAUCGCCCCGAAGGACACCCAUGAGAGGGCCAACAGCGAGAUCACCUCUGAGCCUGCUGCUGCAGCUCCUACGCCUAUUCCCGCACUCAACCCAGCGUCCAAGUGGUCCAAAAUCAAGAUAGUCACCAAGCAGGCAGGGGACGAGUGCAUCACUGCCAUUGAGAUCGUCCCACCUAACAGCAGCUGUGAGGCUCGCUCCAUUCCUGUGAACAGGCCCAGAAUGGUGGCGAGGAAGUUUGCCAGCAUCGCCCGAAGUCAGGUGAAGAGGAAGAGGCAGAUGGCCGCACGGGAGAAGAAAGUAACUAAGACCAUCUUUGCCAUUCUGUUGGCGUUUAUCAUCACGUGGACACCAUACAAUGUCAUGGUCCUCAUCAGCACGUUCUGCCAGUCGUGCGUGCCUGACACGGUGUGGGCCAUUGGCUACUGGCUGUGCUACGUCAACAGCACCAUCAAUCCUGCAUGCUAUGCUUUGUGCAAUGCCACAUUCAAAAAAACUUUCAAGAAUCUUCUUAUGUGUCAGUAUAAAAAUAUUGGCACGAGAUAA